UACGUACUCUUAUUUCCUUUUCUUUGUUAACAAACCAUCGAAAACCUUAAACCCUUUCAGCUUCCUCUCACUCGUUGCUCCACCUUCUCAUUCACUUUGGUCCCCUCUCUUUUAGCAGUUCAGUGCCGCGGCCGCUUCUCUCCCGCUUAAGGGCAUUAGGCCAUUUAGCCUCAAUUGCCCUUGCCUCUCAUCACAACUCUCCCGGUGCCUCCACUUGAGAGCCAUGGCGAACGAUCAAGACAUGAGUGGCUGGACUGAUCUGCUUCACUCUUCUACAAAGCUCCUCGAACAAGCUGCUCCAUCAGCCCAGUUCCCUCCUCUCCAGAGGAACUUAGAUCAGUUAGAAGUGUUAUCUAAAAAGCUCAAGGCAAAGACCCUGAGAACUGAGGCGCCUACACAAUCUAUUGCUGCUACAAGGUUACUUGCACGUGAGGGAAUAAAUGCAGAGCAACUUGCUCGAGAUUUGAAGUCUUUUGAACUAAAGACUACAUUUGAGGACGUGUUUCCUGCUGAGGCAACAAGUAUUGAAGAAUACUUGCAACAGGUUCAUGAAAUGGCAAUGAUCUCGGCCAUACAGGAGGCACAGAAGGACAAUGUUAGAAGUUUUAAUGAUUACAUGAUGAAAGUUUUAGAGGAGGAUUGGAAAAAGGAAAAACGUGAUUUCCUUCAGAGUUUAAGCCGAAUAUCUACACUACCCAGGACUAAUAUUAUUGAUGAUAAGAGUGGGGCUUCAAAGACGGGUCAAAUGGCGUCCUUUGUAUCCAGCCCACAUGUUUCAUCUGGUUUACCCAGCCUGGAGUCUGUGUCUCUAGCCAACAAGCCUAUUAUGGAGAAAAAGGCAUCAACAUAUGCUGAAGUAGUGAAGAAAAUGAACGAUGCAAGGGAACGUGGAUUACCAUUUAAACCUGCUGUAGCUUUCAAAGGUGCUUAUGAAAGUUUAAAUCUCCACGCAUCUGCUGGGAAGUCAGUUAACAUGCAAAAGAUUUGGCAUCUUAUUCAAACAUUAAUGGGUGAGGACUCAACUUCCAACCGAAAUGUUUCAAAAAAGAUGUCAUUAAUACUUGGGGCAAGGCGCCAUCUAGAGUGGGGUCACGAGAAAUAUAUAAUGGAUACAAUACAAAGCCAUCCUGCACAGGCAGCCCUUGGUGGCGUUGUUGGAAAUCUGCAAAGAGUUCGGGCCUUCCUUCGGAUUCGCUUGAGAGACUAUGGAGUGCUAGAUUUUGAUGCCAAUGAUGCACGUAGACAGCCUCCUGUUGAUACUACUUGGCAACAGAUUUACUUUUGCUUGAGAACUGGAUAUUAUGACGAGGCCAGAAACAUUGCGCUGUCAUCUCGUGCUUCAAAUCAGUUUGCCCCUCUGCUUACAGAGUGGAUUAAUACUGGGGGCAUGGUACCAGUGGAGAUAGCAAGUGUUGCAACAGAAGAAUGUGAAAAGUUGUUAAGAAUGGGAGAUAGAAUGGGCCGAGCUGCAUAUGAUAAGAAAAAGUUGUUGUUAUAUGCUAUUAUUUCAGGUUCUCGCCGGCAAAUUGACCGUUUGUUGAGAGAUCUUCCAACGCUGUUCAAUACGAUAGAGGAUUUUCUAUGGUUUCAGUUGUCAGCUGUACGUAAUGGCCAUGGGGAAUCUUCAUCUAUUGUUCUGAAUGAAGGCUCGGUACCUUACACUUUGGAUGAUCUGCAGUUUUACCUCAAUAAAUUUGAACCGUCAUAUUAUACAAAAAAUGGAAAAGACCCCCUGGUAUAUCCAUAUGUUCUGCUUUUAAGUAUCCAGUUGCUGCCUGCAGUCUUGUAUUUGUCAAAGGAAACAGGAGAGGAAGGAUUAAAUAUUGAUGCUGCCCACAUAUCAAUUGUACUUGCGGACCAUGGAGUACUUUCAGAAGGAACGGGGGCUGGACAAAAAAUGGGUGUGAUGGAUGCUUAUGCUGAGGUAGCUAGCAUAAUCAGGCAGUAUGGUUCUCUUUAUUUAAGAAUGGGGAAUUUAUCUAUGGCACUGGAGUACUAUGCCCAGGCUGCUGCAGCACUGGGCGGUGGAGAGUUGUCAUGGUCUAGCAGGGGUAGUGUGGAUCAGCAGAGGCAGAGAACUUUGAUGCUGAAGCAACUUCUUACCGAGCUGUUGUUACGUGAUGGAGGUAUCUAUCUCUUGCUUGGUGCAAGGGGUGCUGGAGAAGAAGGUGAAUUACGACGAUUUAUGGCUGACGUGAAAUCAAGGCAACAAUUUCUACUUGAAGCUGCUCGACAGUGUCAGGAAGCUGGGCUUUAUGACAAGUCAAUAGAGAUCCACAAAAGAGUUGGGGCAUUUUCCAUGGCACUGGAUACAAUUAACAGGUGUCUCUCUGAAGCAAUCUGUGCCCUGUCACGUGGUAGACUGGAUGGGGAGAGCCGGACUGCUGGCCUUAUUCAUUCAGGCAAUGACAUUUUGGAAACGUACAAAUAUUAUCCUGAAAUCAGCCUUCAGGAAAGAGAAUAUGUCAUGGAGCAACAGACCGUGUUAAGACAACUCGAGGCAGUUCUUUCAAUCCACAAGUUGGCCAGAUUGGGUCAUCAUCUUGAUGCUCUAAGGGAGAUUGCUCGAAUUCCAUUUCUUCCAUUGGAUCCACGAGGGCCUGAUAUGACUUCUGAUGUGUUUCAAAGCAUAUCUCCUCACAUUCAAGGUUGUGUCCCGGAUCUUUUGAAGGUUGCACUUACAUGUCUGGAUAAUGUGACAGAUUCUGAUGGAUCUCUUCGUGCCUUGAGGGCCAAGAUAGCGAACUUCAUUGCGAAUAAUUUAAAUAGGAAUUGGCCUCGUGAUUUGUAUGAAAAAGUUGCUCAAACCUUGUGAAAGCAUGUAGACUUCAGCAUUAGAGGGGCUAGCCACGAAAAUGAGAAAUGCAAAGAUGGAGCAAUGGGAAAUGUAGCAUACUUUUAGGCUUGUAGCUUGUGUAGAAGUACAGAAGAAAAAGGAAAAUGAAGUUUGAGGAACAUUGGGAGAACGGUCUGUCGUUAUGUGCAAUUUUUGUUUCACCAAUCGGGAAACUGAUUGUAACUUCACAAGCUCAUUCCCAAAUGUUUCGUUUUCCUUUCAUUUUCUUCCUUGCCUUCUUGUUGUGCUUGUUGGAAAAGCUAGAGCAAAAGAGAUGGAUUAUGGUGCCAAAUUUAGGGUUUAUAUUUGAUCAGAUAUGCUGUGGAUCUGUAUGUAUCUUGGAAUAUUAAGAAAAGGAUUAUUUUAUUGGUGGGGUA